AUGCUACAAAAAGGAGGUGUUGUGGUAAAUGGUAGGAUCUAUGAUUAUAUAAUCCUCAGAGUUUUUAAGGAUAUAAAGAAAAUUAUUGUAAGUUGUUUGAGUUGUGAAAAAUAUCUAAAGGUGUAUUAUUUAAAAGACAGUAGUAGAUGCAACUGCCUUAUUUUCAAAAGUUAGGCGUAGAGUUAUACGUUGCAAGUGUUUGUGUUAUUUAAAAGGCAAUAUUCAGGAAUUCAAUUCACAUAUAUCUGCAUCAAUAUUGUAUCUAGCACAAUGUGA